AUGUUUCUAAUCGCCUGUUUUAUUUUACUGUUAUGUUCGCAUAUCUAUUGUACUGCUCAUAGUCCCGAUGACAAGUAUGGACAAGAGUUACUUCUUUGUCGUAAAUGCGGCGCUGACGUAGCGGAUUCUCAUUAUAUAUUUACUAAACAAAGCCCAGGAGCUCGAAAAACUGAGAAACAAAACUUAUUUGGAAGGCAUAAUAUAACAGUGCAAACGUUAGUUAAUCCAUUUGGCAUCAAAUUCGACAUAAUUACCACAGAAAAAGCGAAAUGUCAAAAUAUAGGUCCAAAUCAAGGUGCAGAUUCUUGGUUUCCGGGGUAUACAUGGAGGAUAUGCACAUGUCCACACUGCGGGCAUCACUUAGGAUGGACAUUUGAAAGCAAUAGCUCAAUUGAAAACACUGAAGAUGAAAUUAAUUCUUUUCAUGGACUUAUUUUAAGUAACAUACUUGGAGAAAACUUUACAGAUUCCCUUAUAAUGAUGCCAAAAAUGUAUAGAAUGUGA